AUGUCUGAAGCUGCUGAUGCCAGAGCCGCCGCCGCGGAAUCUCGGAAGUCGAGAUUGCAAAUUUUGCGAGAACGUCAAAAGAAACUUCGUGAAAGCUACAAGGUUCAAAUCGACAUGUCUCGUCGUAACUUAGAUGGUGAUGAAAGUGGUGGGAGAUUAUCACCGAUGCCGGCUGUUUCCGAAGCAAAGGACUCUGCAGCAACAGAACCAGCAAAGACAGCAGACCCAGGAGCCAAACCGGAAGGCGCAGUAGAUUCGACAGCGGCCCCUGUCACUCCUAGUACAGCCGUGAGACCUACAAUACCUACAACGCCCAAUACGGCUCGAUUGGUUCAAACACAGACCGAAAAUGAGGAAUUGAAACGUCAAAUUGUGGCUCUCAAGGCGGACCGUGAACUCUUAUUGGAACGACAAAUGGAACGUUUUGCAUCCGCUUCGGAACAGCUCAACGAAAUGGAGAUUCUGCUAGAAGAUUAUCGUUCCAUUGCCGAAGAGGCCGAAGAGAACAAUGCCGUUCUCAAGGCACAACUUUCUCUCAUGACAUCCGAACAGGCCAAUUGGAAAAAGGCAGAAUCUGAAUUGAAAGAUCGGGUCCAACAGCAACAAGACCGUUUGGAUUCCUCAGUGCAAGCCAUGAACGACUUGGAAAAGGCCCUCAACAAGGCCCAAGAUGAUUUGCAAAUGUCGGAUCAACAUAAGAUGAAUUUGGAACAUCAGUUGCGCAGUGUGGCGUCCACCAAUGCACAAAUAUUUCAAGGACAAGUUCAUGGUGGAGCCACCUAUUUUCCACCACCACAACAGACGGUAUAUUAUCCAGUGCCUGGGGAUGGUGGCGCCGGCAGGGGCAGCAACCGACUCCCCAAAAAGCCGUUUGUGGGUGGUGGUGGACCAGGCAUGCCGCCCCAACGUCGCGGCAGUCACAAUACUGGUCCUGGCGGUGGUGGACCACCUCAACGCCGGGGAUCCUACAACAAGCAGGGUGGCAACAAUCCAGGCGGCGGCCCCCACUUUGCAGGCAAUGUUGCUGGUGGCCCUCCCAGUAGCUUUCAUCCCAAUGCUGGUAUUGGAGCUGCUGGCGGUGGUCUUCCCAACUUUAAUCCCAGUGCUCCCAACUUUAAUCCAAAUGCCGCCAACUUUACGCCUCAGAGCCCCAAUCCGGGCGGCGAUUACAACAAUCAGGGCAGCAAGAAAAAGAGGCGUUAG